UAGGCAUUGCUCAACCGACGCUGCCUGCAAUGCCCCCGUUGCCGAGUGCAAUAAGUAUUUGAUCAAGCCCCAUCCCGGACGACUGUCUGUGCAAAGCUCGCUUGUCGUUGUCUGCUCCGUCUCUUCUUCGGUGGUGAAGCAAAACUCUCCUGCUGCGUACUUGACCAGUAAGGGUACCGGCUCAGGCAACUUGUUCCCAAGUUCUACUGUGUCAUACCAGGGGUAUUCCUUCAUCUCUUCGCAUCUCUCUAUACGCAAAGCUUGUUGCUGCUGCUUCUGUUGCUUGCUGCUUCUCGCAACCCAUUCGCUCAAACAACCCAAUUCAGUUUUACUCAUCGUUCCCAAAACGCACAUCAGCCAUGGCUCACCAACAUCAGCACCACCGCUUUGACGACGCAGCCUCCGUAUCGAGUUACUCAUCCGGGAGCUCCUCCCGGUCGUCCUCCCGAUCAUCCUCUAGCUCGGGCGGUUCCAAAAAGUCCAGGUCGUCCCAGAUAUCCCACUCCAACAUCAAGAGCGAUCACUGGACCGUCUCCUUUAUGAAGUGGACGACGGGCGCUCCCCCCGGAAAGCAAUUGGCCCUGCGAAAAACUAAAGUCUGCGACUACGAAGAGGACUGGGACUACGACGACGGCGGCGGCAGCGUGUACAGCGACGCGUCGUAUAUUUCCUACGCCUGGGUCAGUCCCAAAUGGGACGACAGCAUCUCCGAGAUCGCCUCCCGCUCUAGUAGCCGAUCGAGCGGUCGGCUCCGGAGGGAGCAGCGAGGUUCGGGCGGAGGCCGGCAUCGGUUCCCAGUGCCGCCGGUGUCGUAUCAGCCUCCUCCCCCUCCCCCUCCUCCGUUCAACCACCCGCCGCCUCCGCCUCCACCCGGUAUGGCUCCCGGACCUGGCUUUCCCAUGUACGAUGAUGAGCCUGCCUUUUUCGAUGUGGAUCCGGGGUAUCACCAGCCUCCUCCCGCGGCAGCCUUCGGCGGCGGUGGGGGUGGUGAUCCCGGGUUUGUGGAUCUUAAUGCCGGAGGCGGUGGUGGUCCUCACUUCCCUGGCAACCCUGGCAAAUACGACGAUUGGGCAGAUUGAGUCUGUUGUCCCUAGUCUCUGAGUCUCCGAGAGACUGUGUGUUCUUUCUUACUUGGUCACGAUUAUUGUACGGACAUACGGGCAGGCGGUUUGUUCCUUUUUAUUUUCUGGGCUUCGAUUAAUGAUCGAUGUUGGCGUUCGACAACAAAAACACACUCACACACAUACAAACUACGAGGCUCCCCUUCCCCUCCGAUUGUACCCAG